AUGGUUGACUCUGCAGUACAAGUCAACUUAUGCCAAUGCACGCCACUUAAGUUACCAUUACCAAAAAUCAAACAGCUUCACAAAGAAGAAGAUAGAAGGGAGAGAGAGAGAGGCAGAAGGGAAGGGGGGAGAGAGAGGAGAGAAAAAAGAGGGAAAGAGGGAAAAGAGAGGAGGCGGGGACAGAGGAGAGAAAAGAAGAGAAGGGGGGGAAAGAAAAGAAGAAGGAGACGAGAAGAAGAGGAGAAGAAGAGGGGAAAGGAGAAGAAGAGGGGAAGAGAGGGGAGAAGAAGGGGGGAAGAAAGGAGAGAGGGAGGAAGGGAACAAGGGAGGGAGGAGGAAGAAAGAGAGGGAAAGGGAAGGGGGAAGAAGGAGGGAGGGGAAAGGGAGAGGGAGGAAGGAAGAAGGGGAAGGGGGGAGGGAAAAAAGGGACAAAGAGAGAAGAAGAGAGAGAGGGAGAGAGAAAGAGAAGGUGAGAGAGAAAAAAAAGAGGGAAGGAAGAAGAAGGGGAAGAGAGGGGGAGAAAAGGGGGAAAAGAAGAGGGAGGGGGAGAGGGAGCGGAGGAGAGGAAGGAGGAUGAGAUGA